AUGUACUGUUCUGUCCUUGGCAACUGCUAUCCGUGCGGUGAAUGCUUCUUCUACGACGACGCCGUUGGAGGCGAGUGCCCGGAACACUGUCUCGAGGCCACCACCUGCUUUGUCACGUCGCAGUGCCCGCGAGGGUACUACUGCAAUGCCAUGAACACCUGCGCCUUUUGCGGCUCCGACUGCUGGAACGGUGACCCAUCCAUCGAGCAAUUGAGAUGUGAGGUCAUCUGUGCGCAGCCGCCGCCGGAUAAUGGCUACUACCUGUGUGACAGCCACGACGACUGCAGUGCCGACACGUAUUGCGACGCAAACAACAACUGUUACACUUGCGACGAAUGCUUCAACUACAACGACCCGUACGAUGGGACGGGCCGCUGCCCAGAAAAGUGCCGCACAGAUGGGCUGCAGUGCGAGGCAGACUACCACUGCCGCCCAACGCAGUUCUGCACACGCACAAACGCCUGCCACGAUUGCAGCACCUGCGACGACUCCAUGCUCACUCAGCAGCACAAGCAGCAGCAGCAGCAGCAGCAGCACGAGCACCUCCUCAAGCACAAGCACAAGUACAAGCAGCAGCUCAAGCACAAGUUCGUCUACAUCAUCCAGCAGUACCACGUCCAGCAGCACCAGCACCAGUAG